AUGCGCUUCUCUUCAGCUAUUGCGCUCGCCAGCUUAUUGUCUCGGUCGGCCGUGGGAAGCCCACUCGCCAGCAACGAGCUUACCAGUCGGGCUACAACGUUCAACAAUCCAGUCUUGUGGCAAGACUAUCCCGACCUCGACGUCUUCCGGAUAGGCGAUGUGUUCUACUACUCCUCCUCGACUUUCGCCUUCUCGCCAGGAGCUCCGGUCCUAAAGUCUUACGACCUCGUUAAUUGGACACCAGUAACUCAUAGCGUACCAAGACUUAACUUCGGCUCGAUAUACGACCUCGAUAACACAGCAGGCCAUGCUUACGUCAAGGGCAUCUGGGCCAGCUCACUGAGAUACCGCGAAUCGUCCGACAAGUUCAUUUGGAUUGGUUGUGUUCAAUCCACCGGGAAGUCGUACAUAUGGACUGCCGACGGGAACAAUGCAGCCGCCAACAAUGGCGAAGUGUCGAGCUGGAAUUGGACUGCCGCGGGCUCAUUCCCCAAGUGCUAUUACGACAACGGGAUCUUUAUUGACGAUGAUGACACCAUGUACAUCGUGUACGACAAGUACCAGCUCAAGGUUGCCCAAUUGAACGCCGACGGCACAGCGGAAGUCAGGAGUCAACAAGUCUAUGAAGAUCCAAAUGGCCUAUACCUCGAAGGUUCGCGCAUGUACAAGAUCAACGGCACAUACUACAUCUUUGCUACCAAGCCGGCCGAUGACGAGUGGGUGUUGAAGUCAAAGAGUCCCUGGGGCCCAUAUGAGGCGCGAAUCCUCGUCGACAGCAUUGCAGGACCUUUGCUCAACGCAGGCAACAGCCACCAAGGCGGUGUAGUCGAUACCAAAGAUGGGAAGUGGUAUUACGUUGCGUUUAUGGACUCGUAUCCUGGUGGACGCAUUCCUGUCGCUGCGCCUUUGAAGUGGACGGCGGAUGGAUGGCCGGAAGUUGAGAAAGUGAAUGGUGAAUGGGGCAAGACAUACCCUAUGCCAGUCACAACCGCCAAGACCGUCCCCCCACCCACCGGCUUGGACAAAUUUACUGGAACAGCUUUAAGUGCAGAGUGGGAAUUCAACCACAACCCUGAUACCAGCAAGUGGAGCCUAGUAGGCGGGGCUGGUGGCAUCAAGUUACAGACUGCUUCUGUUACGAAUGACCUCUACGCGGCGCGCAAUACGCUGACACACCGUAUCCUUGGCCCGAAGUCAUCGGGAACUUUCAAGAUCGACAUCAGCAAAAUGGCCACUGGCGACCGUGCUGGCGCUGUACUUUUCCGUGACACCGGAGCAUACAUCGGUAUACAUAAAGAAGGCUCUGCGGCAAAGUUGGUAAUGGUCAACGGCUUGGAAUUGAACGCAGACCGAACGACGAAGUCUACCGGUACUGUCGCUGCCACGGGACCUAGUCUUGCUGCCGGCACAACCGAUCUGUGGUUCCGCGUUCAGUCAGACAUCACGCCAGCUUUCUCCAACACCAACGCGGUGCGACAAACAACUUUCUGGUACAGCACUGAUGGCACCAAGUUCGUGCAGCUUGGUCCUGCAUACAACAUGGCGAAUACAUGGCAGUUCUUCACGGGAUACCGAUUCGGUGUGUUCAACUUUGCGACAAGCAAGCUGGGUGGGGAGGUCCUGGUUAAGAACUUCGAGUUGAAGUUGGUGUAG